CCCCUCCCCCCACCCCUCGCUGCGCCUGCGCGCUGGGGACAACCGUUGCAGGGCGCCCACGGCCCUGAGUGGGGGACAGUCGCCCUAGGCACCCUCUCUUUUCGGCCCUGAGGUACCCGGCCUGGUGGCCCAGGACGUUCCCGUCGCAUGGCGGAGUGCUGCGGACGAUGCCCAUGAAGUUCUUAGUCCUUCUAGUCGCGCUGUUGCUAUGGCCUUCGUUCGUGCCGGCCAUUCCGAGCAUAACCGUGACGCCUGACGAAGAACAAAACUUAAAUCAUUAUGUAGAAGUUUUACAGAACCUAAUACUAAGUGUUCCUACUAGGGAGCCAGGUCGUGAGAAAAAAUCAAAGUCUCCAAAUAAUGUUCAUUCUAUAGGACCGAAGGUAUCAAGAUUAAAGGAGAUAAUCACACAUGGAGACGUUUCAACUGAAAAUGAUGUUUUAAUCAAUCCUCUUGGUGAAGAAACCACAGCUUCCCCAACUGGAGGCUUCACACUGGAAGUACAGAAGAAAAAACCUACCGAAAGCACAGCAUUCUGGUCGAUUAAACCAAAUAAUGUUUCUAUUGUUUUACACUCAGAUGAACCUUAUAUUGUAAAAGAGCCAGAGCCAGAGCCAGAGCCAGAACCAGAAAUAUCACAAACAAAUCCAUGGCUAAACUUUACUGAGACAUCCCCAAGCCCAGAGGUCACCUCAGGCCAACCGUCUGUCACUCCUUUAAGUAUAUACACUGACAUGAAUACCGUCACAGAGCUAGAAGAUGUUCCUCAGCUCUCAGGCGAAUAUGAAAUGGGAACACCUGACACAGUAACAUUUGGAAAACACCCACAGAUUCUGAAUAAUGAAGACAUUUUGAAAAAAAUUUCAGAUAUUCAUUCACAGGUACAACGGGUACCUCUUGCUGAAAGCCUCAAGCCAGAAUACAGAGAGGACAUUCGAGCCUCUAGAGAGCACCUAAAACGGAGCCUUGCUUUAGCAGAAGCAGCAGAACAUAAACUACAAAAGAUGUAUAGAUCCCAGCUAUUACCACUAGCACGAAGCAGUAGUGGAAUUGAUGACAUUGAAACUGUUAUUAACACACUGUACAAUUCCAGAUCUAAAUUAGCUAAAUAUUUAGAUAUUAGAUAUGUUCCACCAGAGAUGAGACAGAAAGCUACUACAGUAUUCAGUACAUUGAAAAAAAUAUUAUGUGUAAGUCAACAAGAAACUCAAAAUCUUAUUAGGAAGUUAUUAAACAAUAAUAUAAAAAUUUUAAACCUACUUGAUAUUCCAUGACAAAGUUGAUUUAAGCAAACUGUGCAUUCAUUUCACUGGAGAAAUAAACAUUAGUGAUUCACCAGUUGUAUGAAAAUAUUUUCUAUUCAAUGUGCUAACAUCUUUACAUGUCAUGUUAUAAAAAACUUUCAUAUGCACAAAAGCCUAAUAAUUUAAAAUAAAAUUUUGGUUCAGGAGUUUGUAGUUUUUUUCUCAUUAAUUAAAAGUUAUGAAGAUCUAACCUUUAAAAUGUUUAAGCUUUGAUUUUACUUGAAUAGAUUAGUUAAGUUCACCCAUUUCAUAAAAGUUAAGAGACUGUGCAAUCUGUAUGUAGCCUGUUUUAAAUAAUUGAAUAUAAAUGUAAAAUUUUAGUAUAUAUGGUCUUUAUUACUCUUUCAGAGAAUCUGAGUUUUCUGUCUGAAUAACGAGGUUGGAUCUUGAAUCAGCUGCUUUAUUGAAGAUCUGUCUGCCUCCUUUAAAAGGUGGAUGGUAUAUGGAGAUAUGUCCCUGUUUGUUUGUUGUUAAAUACUUUUGGAGUAUCAGUGAGUUACUGUAACUUAGACUUGUAAUGUAGUCAUUCUCACCUAAUUCCUAUUUUUGUCUGUUUCUAUACAUAUACUUUGAAGUUUUGCAAGUCUUUUGUGAGGAAUAUGACUAACACGAUUAAGGUUAACUGUGUAAUAUUGUGCUUAUGGUGCAUGUAAUUCUCUUUCAUGAUUUGACCCAUAUUGUGUUUAAAUUUGUUUGUUCUUUCAUUCAUCAAACCAGUCAUUUAUAGUUUAGUAGAGAUUUAUUGUCCUUUUAUACUAUGUGCAGAAAAAAUGCUAGGCUUUGGGGAUAUAGUAAGACCUGUUUCUUCUCUCUAUGAGAUUGUAUUACAGGAGGAAAGACACACAUUAAAUAAAUAACUUUGCUAAUUUUUAAAUUUCAGUUGCGACAAGUUGUUAUGAAGCUGUGAGAAGCUUGACCUCACCUAGACGGAAAACAAUGGGAAAGCUGUCCCGAGAAGGCAGCAUUUCUGGUAGUAUCUGAAGGAUCAGGGUGCAUGUAGGGGAAGGUGGCAUUCCCAGCAGAGGGAACAGCAAGUGUGAUGCUCUGAGUUGGGAAUGAGUAUGGCAAGUUCAAAAAAUAGGAAGUAGUUGGAGUGUAGAAACAUAAGGUAGAACAUCUCAAGAUGGAGCUGGUGAGGUACCCAGGACUGGAAUAGAUUGUGCAAGGCCUUAAAAUGUAUAUAUAUUGACGGUGCUAGCUGUUAUCCUAUCUAUGAUCGGUGAGAAGCGUUUGUGGAUUUUUUUUUUUAAGAUUUUAUUUAUUUAUCAGAGAGAGAGAGGGAGAGAGCGCGAGCACAGGCAGACAGAAUGGCAGGCAGAGUCAGAGGGAGAAGCAGGCUCCCCGCCGAGCAAGGAGCCUGAUGUGGGACUCGAUCCCAGGACGCUGGGAUCAUGACAUGAGCCGAAGGCAGCUGCCCAACCAACUGAGCCACCCAGGCGUCCCUGCGUUUGUGGAUUUUAAGCAAAAUAUGGGAAUGAUCAAAUUGGUGUUUUAAAAAAAAAACACUUUGGCUGCAGUUUUGGAGGCAGACAAAAGUAACAGCGUACUAGGCAAAGGCCAAAUUAGGCUUGGACUAGUUCGAAGGAAGUGUUAGUUUAGAGGUAGAAUCAGCAGUAUUUGGUGAUUGCUUAGACAUGGAGACUGAAAGAGUAGCAGGGAUUGAAGACAAUUCUUCCACAAUUAGCUAUAUCAUGAAAAAGACCACAUAGUUUUUGUUUCACAAUAGCACUCUUUACUGUUUCCUGUGGGUUUUUUUUUUUUUUUCAUUUUGUGUGUGUGUGUCCUAUUUUUUUAAAUCAAUUUUACUGUGGAAGAUUUCAUACGUGAAAAAGUAAACAGAUUAAUGUAAUAGAUCUAUGUACCUAAUGUCCAGUUUCAACAAUGAUCUACUAAUGACCUGUCUUGUUUCACCUAAACCCUCAUCCUUCCCCCUCUCCCCUAUUUCAUGUUGAAUUAAAUCCCAGAUACGUUUUCAUUUCAUUUAUAAAGAUUAUAGUUUUAAGUUUUUUUAAAAAACAACCCCAAUAUCACCACACAUACAAAUUUAAUUAUUCUUUGUCAUCAAAUGGCCAGUCAUUGUUCAAAUUUCCAGCUGUCUACUAUUGAGUAUGUAUGAAGCGAAGAUCCAAAUAAAAUUCACACAUUGAGAUUUAUUGAUUUGACACAUAAGUUUUUUAAUCUAAAGAGUUUCUUCCACCUUUUCUCCCCCUUGAAGCUUAUUUAUCCAAAAAAUUGGUCAUUUGACCUAUAGUUUUACACCUAUGAAUUUUGCUGAUUGUAUCUCCAUAAUGCGAUUUAGUAUGGUUUCCUGUCCUCCAUAUUUUCUGUAAAUUGAUAGUUGGAUCUGGAGAGGCUUUAUCAGACUCAAGUUUAUCUCAUUUUUUGGUCAAGAUAGUGUAGAUCAUCUGGUUGUGUUUAUUUUUGUAUUUAUAGAGCAGCCUUUGAUGUUCAUUACCUAGAUAGAUUAGGUGUUGCAAAAUGGACAUAUCAUUCCUUUUUUUCUUUAAGAUUUUAUUUAUUUAUUUGACAGAGAGAUCACAAGUAGGCAGAGAGACAGGCAGAGAGAGAGGGAAGCAGGCUCCCGGCUGACCAGAGAGCCUGAUGCGGGACUCAAUCCCAGGACCCUGAGAUCAUGACCUGAGCUGAAGGCAGAGGCUUCAACCCACUGAGCCAGCCAGGCGCCCCGUAUCAUUCCUUUCUUAUUAGCUGGAACGUCUAUAAUGAGAAACUUCCUCUCCCUAUUAUUCAGUUCCCUAGGGGUCCAGUGUGUCCUGGAAAAACAUAAAAUUUUACUCUUUUUUAACAAUUUUCAAAAUAAUUAGUUCGAUUAUCCACACAUUACAUACACAAACUUUUAUAUUUUGGCCAAUCUGUUAGAUGAAAAGUAUUAUCUAGUUGUUUUAAUGUAUAUUUCUUUAAUUAUGAGUGAGGUUGGACAGCUUUUCUUUUUUUAAGAUUCUUUUUUAAUUUAUUUAAAACUAAAACAAGAGCAUGAAUGUGGAGUUGUCAUAGGUCCAGGGUUCAAGUUCUGAUUGUACAGUUAGUUGAAUGAAUAUGAGCAAGUCACUUAAUGCCUUUAUUCAAAAUAAAUUAUAUAGGCAUAUUUUCUUUUUCUUUUUCUUUUCUUUUCUUUUUUUUUUUUUUUAAGAUUUUAUUUAUUUAUUUGACAAAGAUCACAAGUAGACAGAGAGGCAGGCAGAGAGAGAGGAAGGGAAGCAGGCUCCCUGCUGAGCAGAGAGCCCUAGGUGGGGCUGGAUCCCAGGGCUGAAGGCAGAGGCUUUAACCCACUGAGCCACCCAGGCACCAUGGACAUCUUUUUAUAUUUAUAUUUUUAUUUCUGGAAAUGGCUUCUUCAUGUUUAUUUCUUUACUGGUUGCUUUUCCUUGGUAAUACAUACAACCUUUUAAUGUAACAAGGAAAUUGGAAUUUUGUGUCAUAGUUUUACAAAUAUUCUGUCUAGUUUAUUAUUUGUAUUUUGCUUUUUCCAUGUAGAAAUCAAAAACCUUUAUAAAUCAAAUUUACACA